AUGGCAGCUAAUAAAGGAAAGGUUAAAAAGACAGCCAAGAAAGGAGGCAAGAACCAGGUCAAGAGAAGGACUCCUACUUUAAAGGAAAAGCACCAAAAAGAAUCCAAAGUCGUUAGAGUGGACAAUUUGAAAUGGAAACCUGUUGAAAUACCUGAUAAUUUGGGUGAUUAUGAAGGGUUUUUCGGACUAGAAGAAAUCGAUGGUGUGGAUGUGCAGAUAGUAAAUGGAAAAGCUGAGUUCAUAGUAAAAGAUUCGUCUAGGAUCAAGGAAGAUGAAGAGGAAGAUAAGACUAAGACCGACCAAAUCGAAGAAGACGAAGGAGAAGGAGAAGAAGAAGAAGAAGAAGAAGAAGAAGAAGAGGGAGAAUUUACUGGUUUCUAUGAUGACGAUGCUGAGGACGACGAAGCCGUCAAGGGAGAUAUCUUAGUGGAUCAAGAGAAGGAUACGGAAGAAGCAGAGGAAGAGGCAGAAGUAUCAGAAGAGAUCGAAGAAGACGAUGUUGCAAAAGAGUCAGAAGAUAUAGAAAAAGAUGAAUUGUCUAUGGGAUCAUUUGCUAAUCUCGACUUACCCUUACCCGAUGACGAUGAAAUAGAUUUACCAAACUGGCAAGAUAGUGAACUGGAUUUCUCCUUGAGUCCUUAUACUUUGCAUGGUUUAUCAGUAUUGAAAUUCGAUAAGCCAACACCAAUCCAAAAAAGAACAAUCCCCUUGGCAUUACAAGGAAAGGAUCUUGUAGGUAAAGCAACCACUGGGUCUGGUAAAACUUUAGCAUACGGUAUUCCAAUUUUAGAAAAAUAUUUACAAUCUCUCAAUAAGAUUAAACAAAAUAAUAAAGAUAAAAAGAUAAAUCAUCCUGUGGGUAUUGUUUUUACUCCAACUAGAGAAUUGGCCCAUCAAGUUGUAAAUCAUUUAAAUCAACUUGCUCAAUACUCUCCAUUGUCAACAAGAGGUAUUGUCAGUGUUACGGGUGGAUUAUCUAUUCAAAAACAAGAAAGAUUGUUGCAACAUGGUCCAGGUAUUAUUGUUGCCACUCCAGGUCGUUUAUUAGACUUGAUCCAGAAAGAUAUUGAAUUGAAUAAAAGAUUGGCAAGUACUGAUAUCUUAGUAUUAGAUGAAGCUGAUAGAUUAUUACAAGAUGGCCAUUUUGAAGAAUUUGAAAAGAUUUUGGAAUUAUUUGGGAAACAUAGACCAAAGAAUAAAUCAAUGGAAUGGAAGUGGCAAACAUUAGUUUUCAGUGCAACCUUUUCUAGAGAUUUGUUUGGGAAAUUAGAUAAGAACCAAAAACCUAACAAAGCAAAGGGGAAUUCAUUAAUGCAAAAUGAUGAGAUUAUAACAUUAUUAAACAAUAAAUUGAAAUUCAAGGAUCUGAAACCAGUAUUGAUUGAUGCGAAUCCGAAAGAAAUCGUAUCUGGUCAAAUUACAGAAGCAUUAGUCGAAUGUGGAGCAAACGAAAGAGACUUAUAUUUAUAUUAUUUCUUGUUGAUGUACAGAGGGUCAACUUUAGUAUUUGCCAAUUCUAUUGAUUCUGUGAAAAGAUUGGUCCCGCUUUUAAACAGUUUAAAUAUACCUGCGUUUUCAAUUCAUUCAUCAAUGAUCCAAAAGCAAAGAUUGAGAGCAUUAGAAAAGUUUAAAGAAGCUAGUGAAAAGAAUUCAACUGCAGUAUUAGUAGCUUCAGAUGUGGCUGCAAGAGGUCUUGAUAUCCCUAAAAUUGAUCAUGUUGCUCAUUAUCAUUUACCUAGAUCUGCAGAUGUCUAUAUUCAUAGAUCUGGUAGAACUGCUAGAGCUGGAAGGGAAGGUGUUUCGGUUAUGUUCUGUUCUCCUCAAGAGGCCUCUGGUCCAUUAAGAAAAUUACGUAAAUUGGUUGCUAAUAAUUCUUCAAAGAAUACAAAGUUCAGUAUGCAUACUGAUGUUAAAUUGCUUCCAAUUGAAAUGGAUUUGGUGUCGCAAUUAAGAGAAAGAGUUGUGAUUGCCGGUAAGCUUGCUGAUGCCUCUUUAUCUUCAACUUCCACUAGAAAGGAAAAUUCUUGGGUUAAGCAAGCCGCUGAAGAGUUAGGAGUGGAAGAUUUAUCAGAUUUGGAGGAUUUUGAGGAUGAUAUCAUUAAGAAGCAAAGAAAGAGACAAGAAAGUAAGAUGUUGGACAAGAAUGCAAUGAAAGCACUUAGAUUUGAAUUAAAAGAAUUGUUGGCUAGUCCUAUUAGAAAAAAUGCUAGAAGAUCUUACAUUACUAGUGGGUUGCAAAACUUGGCACAUCAAAUGGUAACUGGUAGUCAUCAUGUUGAUGUUUUGGGUCAUGAACGUGUUAACGCUUUGGAGGAUCUUAAAGAUGGGAAAUCGAAGAAAUCUAAGAAGAAAUCUAACAAAGUAACCAAGCCAAAACAUAAAAAGUGA